AAGGGAUCAUGGAUCAAUAAAAAGACUCGACUCAAUUCAAUUCAAUUCAAGUCCCAAAAUUAAGACGAAGCAAAGCAAGUGUCAGACGUCAAAGCUCAAACGUGCCGUGCCCCUACCGUACGCAACCUUCACCAAAUUCUGCUGUCUCCGAUUGUGGAGCUUGAUGGUUUUUGAUUCUGCUGCUCAUGUCGGCACCGUUAUUGAAUCACCUUUCUUAAUGAUCUGUGGAUGAAGAAAAUUGUGGAGAAAAAUAGUGAUCCGGACGUAACUUGCAGCAGAAAAAACUCAAGCUUUAAUUGUAAAUCGAAGAGAAGUACGGGUUCUGUCUCAUCCGAGACAGAACCAAGUGUCAGCAGUAGCAAGAAUCAAAAGCCUGUAUUUUGGUGGGGAAUUAGGCCGUUGGGUUUAUCCAUAUUUAAGAAUUUGUCUAAUAGUUCUGGCAAAAGCGAGUCCAAUAAUUGCAGUAGUAAUAAUACUAAUAGGAAAAAGUCCACAAGUGGAAAGAAUCAUUAUGAAGGGUGGAGAUCAACAGUGAGGAGGGUAGUGAUGUUGAACAGUGGAUCGAUGAGGAGGAUAUUAGGAUUUAAUAGGACCGGGGUUUCUGCUUCCAAGAGUGAUAUUUGGCUCUUGGGUAUUUGCUAUCGGAUUUCCCAAGAAGGCGAGAAUGCUUUAGAUCCCACGCACAGUGAGGGAUUUGCUGCAUUUGUUGAGGAUUUCUCGUCACUGAUUUGGAUCACGUACAGAAAAGGAUUUGCGCCUAUCGGUGAUACAAAGUACAGUAGUGAUGUUUAUUGGGGUUGCAUGCUUCGAAGCAGCCAGAUGCUUGUAGCUCAGGCAUAUCUAUUUCAUAAAUUUGGGAGAUCUUGGAGGAAAUCUCCUCAUAUGCCACUUGAUCAGAGUUAUGUAGAAAUUUUGCAUCUUUUUGGUGAUGCUGAAGAUUCUCCUUUCUCCAUUCACAAUCUUCUCCAAGCUGGAAAGUCAUAUGGCCUUGAUCCUGGUUCGUGGGUAGGACCAUAUGCCAUGUGCCGCACCUGGGAAAGUUUGGUGCGAAAUAAGAAGGAAGAGACUAAUAAUGGACUCCUGACCUCACUGAUGGCAAUUUACGUGGUUUCUGGUGAUGAAGAUGGGGAAAGAGGUGGAGCUCCUGUUCUCUGUAUUGAGGAUAUUUCGAAACACUGUUUUGACUUUAGUGGAGGUCAGGAUGACUGGGUUCCUAUUCUAUUGUUGGUUCCUCUAGUUCUAGGACUGGAGAAAGUCAAUCCAAGGUAUCUUCCACUUCUUAGCGCUACAUUCACCUUUCCACAAAGCCUUGGUGUUUUGGGUGGUAAACCGGGUGCGUCAACAUAUAUGGUCGGAGUGCAAGAUGAAAAGGCAUUCUAUUUGGAUCCUCAUGAAGUUCAGCAGGUGGUUCAGAUUAAAAGGGAUAGUGUAGAUAUUGAUACCUCCUCGUACCACUGCAACGUCGUGAGGCAUAUUCCUCUAGACUCGAUUGAUUCAUCCUUGGCAAUAGGAUUUUACUGCAGGGAUAAGAGUGACUUUGACGAUUUCUGUUUGCGUGCAUCUGAGCUUAUAAACCAAUCGAAUGGCGCUCCCCUCUUUACAAUCACGGAAACCCACAGCUCCCAAACCCCUGCAAAUUACCGUGCAAACUCCCCCAGGUCUGAAGGCUUUGAUUCCAUAGACAAUGUUCAGAACGAAGAAGUGGAAAAUUCUGUGCAGGACGAUGAGUGGCAACUGCUUUGAGGUGAACUCAAAACCUUGUACAUUUUUAAUCUCUCUCCCCGCUGCUAUUUGUUUUAUUUACACGGUGUGUGUUUGCCCCUUCGUGACUAGAUUCAUGCGUGCUUUACUUUAUCUUGGCUUUUAUACAUUGGUUUAAUUUAAAAUUAACCGGAAAACUUCACAUUAUUCUUUAAUUUGUAUUCGAAAGCUUCGAUCUUCAACCGGAUUUGGGGAUCCAUUUCUCUUUCAA